GUGUCCGAUAACAAAGCUUCCCUGCCUCCCAAGCCAGGGGCCAUGGCUGCAGGUGGCGGGCCGUCCCCUCUGUCUGCGGCAGUGCCCUCCCCCCUGUCGUCCUCUUUGGGAACAGUUGGACACAGAGCCAACUCCCCAUCUCUGUUUGGCACGGAAGGAAAACCAAAGAUGGAACCUGCAGCCAGCAGCCAGGCAGCCAUGGAGGAGCUGAGGACGCAGGUCCGCGAGCUGAGGAGCAUCAUCGAGACCAUGAAGGACCAGCAGAAGCGAGAGAUUAAGCAGUUAUUGUCAGAGUUGGAUGAAGAGAAGAAAAUCCGGCUUCGGUUGCAGAUGGAAGUUAACGACAUCAAGAAAGCUCUCCAAUCAAAAUGAAUACUUGAUCAAUGAAACGUUGCAUUACUCAUUCUGAGUCGGAGACUCAAAUUUUCCGCCCCAGCCAAAAUAACCUUGUGCCAAAAGAUGAAAGGUUUGCCUCCACGUGUCCCUGUUUGAAAGAUUAGCACAAAAGUCUUGAUAGCACAACACCAAUUCCAUCCAAGAGGAGACUCCCUCGUGGCCUGGCCCUGGGUCUGGCGCUUCACCAGAGCAGACUGUGCUACAGGCUUUCCGACCUUGAGAUCUUGCGCAAUGACACUCAGGCAGUUCAGUCCACAGUGGUACUAUUUUGAUGAUAUUUUCCAUGAAUAAAAUGUAAUUUCCGAUUCUUCGUUUACAAGCUUUAUAAUUUUCUGAUUUUGUAAUCGUGUUUUGUCACAGACCCCCUCCAGUGUUUGUACUACACAUAAGUCAGGAGCAAGUGUCCCGUUGUUUUGCUUCAGGCCGCAAGCUGCCUCGCUUUGUGUUCCCCGUUAGGAUUCUAUUCCAUAUGCAGUGUUAGGUCCAACCAUCCCUUCCCCCUGCCAACAAAGCCCACCACCCUCAGCUGAAGUUUAGCUUCUCCAUGAUGGUAUAUUUACAAAGAGAGAAAGAGAAAACCCGGUAUUUGCAAUGAUCUGUGCCUUCUUUUUACCACCUUCUGGAUUGGAGCUUUUGUGAUGCAGCUACCAUGAUUCCCCCCCCCAAAAAAAAAGUUUUUUAGUCACUUAGAAAAGUCCACUAGAGGCCACUGUCUUCAGAGCUUCCCUCCCCAUCGCCAAAGGUCUGAAGAGGAGAUGGCUGUGAAGUUGGGAGUGCUGCGGGUACCAGCUGUGACUUUUCAGUUCUCCUGGUUUUCAGUUGUUCAUGAAACUAGAAAUGUCACCCCUGCUUGAUUUUCACCCACCAAGUUAAACCCCUGCCUCCUGUCCUUUGCACCUUUUGCGUGAACAGAAUAUGCAUUAUUAAAGCAAAAAUAAAUAAAGUAAAAUGCAAAUGAACACAGGG